GGCAAGGGAGAACCGGUAAAUAAGCAUGAGUCAAUCCUGAAGCCGGUCAGGUAGGUGUCUGUGGUAGUUUCAGUCCACUAACGACGCUGUCAUGUCGGAUGACGGUGAGAGCAGCUGGCGCCAAGCUGAAGAACAUGACGGCACAGAAAGCGAAGAAGUCCACGAGUCUGUGUGGGGGGCACGUGACCCUGCGCUGACAGUCCCCCAGGGGCUCUGGACCGCACAUCACGAGCCGACGAGGAAAAGGCUGGUGCUACAUGUUGACCUAAACAACACCAUACUGGUGUCGGACGCCGUGACGUGUCAGGGGACUGUGGCUGCUCUCGACUACUUUCUGACCACUGUCACUUGGGGGAAGAAGAACAAACACGGAACCUGGGAGUGGUUGAGUGACUCACCCUCUCUGCUCCCACCCUGCAGCGACGCUGUAAGCUACUACUCCCAGUUUGGACGGAUUCCUGCUUUCACCUCUGGUGCUGGCCGUCGCUUCCGUAAGGUUCUGGAUGAGCACCUGGACCUGCUCUGCUGGCCUGAUGGGGUAAAGGCAGACAGAGACCUGUCUGUAAAAGGAGAAGACGGACGCCUGUACCACUGGAUACUCCCCUCCUUCUUCCAGCUGCUCAGAGAUCUGUCACAGGAAGGUCGCGAGUUUGCCAUCCUCUUCCGUACAUUUGGAACCGACCUGCCUCGUGUGCUAAAAGCCGUAUCCCGAGCACUCGACGGGGCACACCCGCUGUUCCCUGAUCUGCCUCAGCUAAAGCUGAGCGUGGCUGUGACUCCAGGCAAGAUCCGCUGCAGCAAGAAGGGAAUCGUCCUGAAUCGAGCCGAGGAGCGGGUGUCCUCUCGCGAUGGAGAGAGAGGCCUGUACGAGUACUUCAGCUCCGUGCAGGGUCUGGGAGGAUUUCAGGACCACUUUGACUGGUGGGCUGCUAAUUCCUUCUCCAUCCGUGGGGGGAAACCAAUGUGGGUCGACCCCUUUGACAAGCACGUACAGCACAUCUUUAUAGAUGACAACAUACGACAGAAUGAUGAGGAUACUAUAGUUAACCCGAAGGUGUUUUUGGACCCGGGUGGCUCAGACACUCGUAUAGCCUGCACCUCUGAGCUGUACGAUAUCACCUUGAUCCAAACCGACCUCCUCCGGGCCAUUUCUGACCCCAGCUACUUCACUCAGCGUGUCCACAUCUGUCUGGAAAACUAUGAGAAGAAUGUCCAGCAGGGGGCAACCUAGAACACACUUCAAACUUUGCAUACUUCCUGUAUAAUACAUCAGUUUGUCUGUGAGACAACCUGCAGUGCAGACAGGACUAACAGGCAGGCGGCACUAUUACACACCAAAGCAGAAGACUUGCUUAAAGUCUAAAGUUCAUCCAAACAGAAAUAUUAAGCGGUUACAUGGAGAAACAGGUUACAUGGACAGGUGGACAUAGAAAAAAGCGGCAGCAAUGUAAGCAGGACUGCAAUUCAUUAAAUGCUUCAAAUACCACAUAUCCUUGAUAAAAAAGGAUAACUGUGUAAACAAGGAGCACUUCAGUGAGAUUGCACUGUCUGCUGUCCUAAAGUGACCUGGCACCCAAAAAGAGUUUUUGACCCAGUUGAGCGCUGAAUUGGCCGGACUGGACUCUUUAAUUACACCGACAGCUCUGUGACUAAUCACUCCACGGUAUAAUUGGCCAAACUCUCAGAAUUUGGAGGCAGACAGAAUAAUUGGUGUCAGAUAUGGAGAAAAGCUCUUCAUCUCUUGUGUUAGUUGUGGGUUUUGCUUCAGCUCCUUUGUCUUUCUCGGGGCAUUGUUUACGUCCACUCAGAACCCAGUGGUAAUACUUGAAUAUUUUCAGGUGACUGAAGCAUCUGAUUACUGAGUAUGUGUUACUUCUGAAUGCACUGCAGUCAUAAAGUAACUCUUUGUGACAGCUGGCUCAAACUUUGAGCUGCAAUCUGGUUUAAUAUUGCUGUCUUGCUAUCAAAAGUCACCAUAAUAGAUGUAGAAGAGUACAUAUGGUGCUCCUGAUCGGAUCAGGUGUCUAUGAAGUGCUCAUUAAAGCAGUUAGAUGGUACAGAGUAACUUCUGAGCUGUGGAGAUGUUUGCAUUUAAUUUGUUUGCACUGAGUUAUUUUUAUUUUAUUUAAAGGCAUGCUUGAGAGAAUUGUUUAAUAAGUUGAAUUUGGGAGAAAGUUAUGGUAAUUUUUGCUUUGAGGGUUUUUAGAAUAUGUUUAUUGCUAAACUUCCAGGGAGGUUUUAAUGACUUUUUUUCUCAGGUCAGUUUUUUUUUUUUUUUUUUUUUAAACCUGUCCUGUUUGGUUCUUUUGCCAUCAGAAUUAUUGUCUAAAGGCGAAGAAAGAUGCCCAACGGAUUU